AUGAAAGAUUUAUCAUCUUUAUCUAUAGAUAUAGAUAAAUAUAAAGAAUUGAUUAGUAUUGGUUUGAAAUCAAUACAAUCAAGAACAUAUAGUAAAUAUGAUAAGAUAUUGUUUGUUGGUUCAAUUGCUGUACCUUUUUUAGUCAAUUUACCAAUUUAUGGAAUAAUACCAAAUAAUCGAGAUAAAAGGAUUGAAACAAUUUAUGAUAAUGCAAUUGCAAAGAUUAAUAUUGUUUAUGAAGAAGUUGAAACGCUAACUACCAAUACAAUUUUUGAAAAUCAAGAUAUAAAAGAUAUGGCAGCUUUUGCUGAAAAGAGUAAUAAGUUGUGUAGAAUAUUGGGUCAAAGAGAUGUGGUAUUGAUGUUGUUAAGAAUCAUUUUUUGUGCAGAGGAAAUGUUUGAAAAUAGUUAUAGUCAUAGAUUACCUCUGACUGAAGCAACUAUUCAUCAAUUAUAUACUAGUUUGGAUACUGAAAAUAUAAUGUUACAUUCAACUGAUUUAUUAAAUCAUAUUUUACCUUGGGUUUCAGAUAUACCAUUUGAUUUAUUUUAUACAGUAAUUCAUUAUCAUUUAACAUCACCAUCAAGUUAUCAAUUGAUAUGUUCAGUAUUGAGAACAAUGAUAUUGAACCAUGAUACGAUUCAACCAUUUAUAGAUGUCAAUAUUAUUAGUAUUGUUAAAUACUAUUUAGACAAUCAAUUCAAAUAUGAAUAUUCAUUGUUACAAGAUUAUUGGUUACAACUUGCUCGGAUUAUAUAUAAAGCUGGUGAUCAAUUUAAAACAACAGUAGAUGAACAAUCAUUUAUAGAUGAAUACUAUGACCAAGGUAGAUUUAAAUUAUGGUUACCAGAAGAAUUACGUCUACCACCUCAUAGUAUGUUAUAUGAAACAAUAACCGAUGCAUUUGGUUAUUAUUUUGGUUGGGUAAACAAGACUGGUUUAUUGGUUGAUCAAAUCUAUUCAAAUAAUCUAUUUUCAGAGGAUAUUUAUAGACGAUUAGAUUCUACGUUGACGAGAUAUUUGGGAUGUUCAAUAUUUGCAUCAUCAUUGUCACUUUAUUUAAUAUUUAUUCUUCAACCCAAAGGAAAGAUAUAUUGCAUUGCAUCGGCUCUAACAACAAUGGUCUUGUAUAGUUUUCACGAGCAACACGUCAAUCAUCAAAGAUUAAGUGGAAAGAUUUAUAAAUCUUUUCAAAAAUAUUAUCAAACUAAACAAUAUCAUAACGAUGAAAUAGAAUUAAUCACAAAUCAAAAUCAAAAUCAAAAUAAUAUUAUUAAUAAUAAAUCAGAUAUUUUAAAUUAUCAUUUUAAAUAA